AAUCUCUUCGUUAAAAAAAAAAAAAUACGAUCAAUCUUUGACCGCGAUUAAAAAAUUGCACCUGAUCCGCCCUUCCUUACCGUACCAGAAUCGCUCCUUGUAGCCCAUGCUUCACGUAUAUUAUGCUCGCCUGAGAAGCUUCCCCCCAUCGGUUGCUUCACGCAGCGACUCCUGAUCACAUGUAGAAUCCCACACCAUGAGGCCAAGAAUUCAGGCAAAGAAGGGAGGAGAAAUGGAAGGAGGAAGAGGAGAGAUCAUGAAGAUGAAGGAGCAGAGGACGGCGGCGGUCGUGGUGGGCAUCAAGUUGGACGCCGCCGGCCACCAGCUGCUCACUUGGGCCCUCGUCAAGGUUGCCGCCGCCGGCGACCGCGUCGUCGCGCUCCACGUCCUCCCCUCCCCCGCCGCCGCCGCAGAAGCUUUGGACGCCUCAAGCAAGUUCCUGUCCGUGUACGAUGGAUUGUGUAGCCUCAAGCAGAUCGAUUUGGAGCUGAAGAUCGCCCGAGGUUCUUCUGUCCCCAAGGUGCUGGUUCGGGAAUUCAUAUCUCAUGGAGCUACCAAACUGGUUCUUGGCGUCGCCAAGAGCAGCCAUGUCAUUGGGUGUUCGUCUAAAUCUGUUGCCAAGUACUGCGCGAAGAAGCUCCCCCGAGAUUGCUCGGUUUUCGCCGUGAAAAAUGGCAAGGCUUUGUUCAAGAGAGAAGCAUCCCCUGCACAAACGUUGACAGUCGAUAAGGAAGAGGAAGAGACGAAGAAGAUCAAACCGUCUCUGUUGUCUUUGGAGGACUUCUCCUCCCAGGACAAGCCGGGUUGGCCCCUUCUCAGAUCUGCACUGCUUUCUCAAUCAGCACCGCGAUCCAUCGAACAUCCUCAGCAUAAACCUACUGCCAAUUCGAGAGUUGAAAGCCGGGUUCCCGAGGAGCUGGUGCACCUUCAAGAGAAGUACGGCACAGUUUGCAGGCUGUUCAGCUACGAGGAUGUCAUUUGCAUCACCUCCGAAUUCUCCCCGAAAAACCUAGUUGGAAAAGGAGGCAGCAGCCAUGUCUACAGAGGAAGUUUUUCAGAUGGCCAAGAAUGGGCGCUCAAAGUUUUGAAAUCAUCUGACCACCAUGCGAUGGAAGAAUUCGCAUCUGAGAUCGAGAUCGUCACGGCCAUGAAACACAAGAACAUUGUUUCACUCGUAGGAUUCUGCUCCGAGAACAAUAAACUCACACUGGUCUACAAUUUCUUGUCUAGAGGUAGCUUAGAGGACAACCUUCACGGUUUGGACUCUAACAAGAUUGUCAUCGGCUGGGCUGAGAGGUACAAGGUCGCAGUGGGGGUCGCGGCGGCUCUUGAUUAUUUGCACAGCAACGGCGAUGCCCCGUCGGUGAUCCACCGAGAUGUCAAGUCAUCCAACAUCCUCCUCUCUGAUGAUUUUGAGCCACAGUUAUCCGAUUUCGGGCUUGCGAUGUGGGCAUCAGCCUCAGCAGCACCAAUGAUUUGCAAUGAUGUCGCCGGCACAUUCGGGUAUUUAGCUCCAGAAUACUUCAUGCACGGGAAGGUGAAUGAAAAGAUUGAUAUCUAUGCAUUUGGUGUGGUGCUUCUUGAGCUAAUCUCAGGAAGGAAGCCUGUUGAUACAGGGGCCAAGGGACAGGAGAGCUUGGUUAUAUGGGCCGUGCCAAUUCUACAAGGUGGAAAGCUGGAGGAGCUUGUGGAUCCAUGUUUAAGGACUGGUUUUGUGGAGUCUCAGUUGGAGAGGAUGACCUUGGCUGCCUUCCUCUGCAUUAGACGAUCUCCUCAUUCUCGGCCACGAAUGGAACUUGUGUUGAAGCUACUCAAAGGUGAUGAUGAUGUUGUCCGAUGGGCGAGGCAAGUUGCUCACGCACCAGAAAAGGUCGAUGACUUAGAUGAUGAGGCAAUUCUCCAGCAUAAAAACUUGCAAGCUCAUAUUGAUCUUGCGAUGCAAGACAUAGAUGAUGUAUCCUCGUCGAUCAAUAGCAUUGAACCCUUGAUGAACAUGUCAAUGGAGGAGUACUUGGAGGGGAGGUGGAGUCGCUCCUCAAGCUUGAACUGAUGUUCAAACAUAAUUUGAUCAUGUCAGUAUAAAUAGUGUUUGUUUCUAGGAUUGGCUGAGAGAGAAUUAUUUCAUUGACAUUAUAUGUUAUUGAACUUGAAUGUUUCUCAAAGCAUGAGGAACAUUAAAAGGAGUGAAUAACUUGUCAUAGUCUAAUGUAAAUACAGUUAGAUACAAUCAAUAUA